UGUCUAGUUGCAUCGGUCCCGGGAGUGAGAGGGCCGGGAGAAGGGGCCGUUUUUCUCGUGCGGGUCCAGGGUGUUGGGUUGUAUCACUGCAUCACUGCAUCACUGCAUGGCGUAGAUUGUCGAGCGGUAUAUGAGACGUGGGAGCCAAGAUCUUACAUGCUGCUUCUUGUUCAAUUGACUCUUUUCACGUUUAUCCAACCAAUCCUUAUAUCUCUCCUUGGAUUUUGCCCUCUUCAGGUCAUCCGACGUAAUGCUCAAGGACUUUAACGACGGAGUGCGUAUCUCGGAGCCCAAGGUCGAGGAUUCUUCGAGCGAAAAGCUGGGUUUGGGAAAUGGCGAAGUCUUUGCCGACGGAGGAGGGACGCGACAUUAUGCGCCUAUUGCCGAGUACGAAGGAUCGCAUCGAUAUGAUCCAGAAAUACAGUGGUCAGAGAAGGAGGAGAAGAAGCUAGUUCGGAAACUUGAUUAUAAAAUCUGUUCAUGGGUCUGCCUCAUGUUCUUCGCACUUCAACUAGACCGGGGGAACAUCCAGCAGGCUUUAUCCGACAACAUGCUCGACGACCUGGGAUUUAACACAAACCAGUACAAUUACGGCAUGACCAUCUUCUACCUUUGCUUUCUGAGCGCCGAACUUCCCUCCCAGAUGAUCUCCAAGAAACUCGGCCCCGACGUAUGGAUCCCAAUCCAAAUGGUCUCCUGGAGCAUUAUCGCCUCCUGCCAGAGCCGCCUCACAGGCGAGUCCACCUUCUACGCCACCCGUGCGCUGCUCGGCCUCAUCGAAGGCGGCUUCAUUCCUGAUGUUGUGCUCUACUUGAGCUACUUCUACAAGAGCAAGGAAUUGCCCAUCCGACUUAGCUUCUUCUGGAGCGCCUACAUAUCGACUAACAUUAUCUCUGCGUUCUUGGCAUAUGGAAUUUUGCAUUUGCGCCAGUUGACGGGCUGGGCAGGAUGGCGAUGGCUCUUUGCCUUGGAGGGAGGGUUGACGGCGUUUAUUGGAUUGUUAUCGUGGUUUUAUCUGCCGCCCUCUCCAACUGAGACGGCGAGUUGGUUCCGUGGCAAGGAUGGCUGGUUCAGUGAGCGGGAGGAGAAGAUCAUGGUGAACAGGGUUCUUCGGGACGACCCCGGCAAGGGUGACAUGCACAACCGCCAAGGCCUCACUCUUUCCUUACUGUGGCAAGCCCUCACCGACUACGACCUGUGGCCUGUCUAUAUUUACGGUCUCACUUGGUCUAUCCCCGCUACUCCCGUCAGCGCAUACCUCACCAUCAACCUCAAGUCCCUAGGUUUCAACACUUUCCAGACAAACCUGUUGACCGUUCCGGCUUACGUUCUGUUCCUACUUCAGCUGAUCUUCUGGACCUGGGUAUCGGAAAAGAUUAACAACCGGUUUCUCAUCGUCAUGCUCGCUCAGAUCUACAUGCUGCCCCUGGUGCUCUCGCUAGAACUUCUCCCGCUGAGUUCGAGCCCGUGGUCUUGGUAUGCGCCUAGUGUUAUGUUGAUUGGGUAUCCUUAUAUACAUGCGAUUGUAAUUGCUCUUAUGUCAAGGAAUGCCGGGUCUGUGAGAACUCGAACAGUGGCUAGCGCUAUAUACAACAUGUGCGUCCAGGCGAGCAACAUUAUCUCAUCCAAUAUAUAUCGUGACGACGAUAAACCAUACUACAGACGAGGCAACAAAGUCCUCCUCGGACUGGUCGCAUGGAAUAUUGUAUUCUGCAUUGGCAUGAAGGUUUACUAUAUGUGGAGAAACAAGCAAAAGGGGAAGGCCUGGGAUGCAAUGACGCGUGAGGAGAAAAACCAGUAUCUGACGACCACCAAGGAAGUGGGGAACAAGAGAUCGGACUUCAGAUUUGCCCAUUGAGACGUUAUUGGGAGGAAUAUAUUGGGAUGAUGAGCUGGUAGGGCUCAUGGGCAACGCCCCGAGUAUAUAAUGGUGUAAUUUAGAAUGGUCCAUGUCAUCGACGCAGUUCCGGGUUCCUGUCUGGAGAGACCAAUCUCGACAAGAAUUCCUACUCGCGAAAUAGACGAAUAGAAG